UGUUCAGCCUGUUGGUCUAACCGAGGAAGCUCAAACUUGCUCCAGAAAUGGCGGGUCAUCAUUUUCCACGUGGCAUAAUGUAAACCAUUUGAGUGAAUGAUUUAAUGUUCACAAUCACAAUAUGGUUUAGAAUUCGCGGGAAGGAAAAUUGUUCGGAUUAGGAGAAAAAUAAAAAACCGAAACUCUACCAUUAGAAUAUAAAAAAAAAAAUGGCUCUUCACUGCAAUUAUCUUCCUUCUAAUCCUUUUAGGACCAGACCCUUUUCUCAUUUCACCCUAUUCUCACCUACCCAUCUUUCCUCAUGUUGCAAGGGUCCAAUCUGCAUCAGUUCCAGUUCAUUGAAGCUACCUAAGAAAAGGUUGCAUAAGGGUGUUUCUGCUGUGGUAUCUGAAGAAACUGCAGUUGGAUCGAGUUCUGGUACUAAUGAUGCGAUCAAACUCACUUACUUAGAGGGGAAUAGUUGGUUGUGGGAGGUGAGUGGAAUUAACCUUUUGGUUGACCCAAUCUUGGUGGGUAACUUGGAUUUUGGUAUUCCUUGGCUAUAUGAUGCUGCCAAGAAGCUCAUAAAGAAUUUCCAGCUUAAUGAUCUUCCUGAAGUGGAUAGCUUGCUGAUUACUCAAAGCCUCGACGAUCAUUGCCACUUAAAAACCUUGAAGCCACUUUCUGAAAAAUUGCCAAACAUUAGAAUUAUUGCAACCCCUAAUGCCCAACCUUUGUUGGAUCCCCUUUUUUGCAACGUCACAUAUCUAGAACCUGGUGAGAAUGCUGAAAUUGAAGGUAAAAAUGGUUCUAAAGUCAGAGUUCAAGCUACUGCAGGGCCAGUCUUGGGUCCUCCUUGGCAACGCCCUGAGAAUGGAUACCUUGUCAGUUCUCCUCAAGGCCAAAUGACUCUUUACUAUGAACCCCACUGUGUAUAUGACAAGAAUUUUCUGGAGAAGGAACAUGCUGAUAUUGUUAUCACCCCAGUAAUAAAGCAGCUUCUGCCUAAAUUUACUUUGGUUUAUGGACAAGAAGAUGCAGUUAAACUUGCAAAAUUACUGCAUGCCAAGUUCAUUGUGCCAAUGAAAAACGGAGACCUUGAUGCCAAAGGGUUGCUUGCCAGUAUCAUCCGGUCAGAGGGAACAAUAGAAUCAUUCAAGGAGCUUUUGGCAAAGGAACUACCAGAUUCUCGGGUACUAGAGCCUACACCUGGUGUUCCACUACAAAUUUCAGCACCUUGAAAUUUAUCCAUCACGAACUACCUUCUCGUGGUGUUCGAUAACAGGGAAAUUUUACAGUAACUUGUCCUGCCAUUCCUCCUGUGAUCUCUGCAGCACUACAGUAAAUAGACUAUAUGUACAUAUAUGCAUUUAAUUAUUGAGUUUUAGAAUGGUCGCCCUCUUGGUUUCGCGAAAGGUACUUCUUUUGAGAAAAUUGUUGUUGGGUUACACAAUUUAUAAACAAUAGAAGAUGAAAAUGAGUUUUGUAAAUUACAUUGAUCUAAGUUAUAGUCAUCUUCUUCUCUGA